UUACACACAGUAGUAGAUCUAGGACUUAGGUACUCCGAUGACUUGUCGUUUACUGAACAGGUAAUGAAACAAACGUCCAAGUCUCAUCGCCUUAUAGGUUUCAUAACUCGAAACCUUCAUAACAGCGAAUCCCGUAUUCUAAUGUACAAAGUCUGUGUUCGACCACUCCUCGAAUACUGCGCGUUUCUCCUUAGUAGCACGCGCAUAAAGGAUAAGUUAAGACUGGAAUCAGUACAGAGACGAUUUACAUUUCGUACUCUUGGACCUGAUAGUGUCUUGACAUAUAAUUCGAGGUGUAGUAAACUAGGGCUUGACCCUUUAUGGAUGAGGAGACUGAAACUUAACCUUAUCUUCUUUUUCAAAAUACUUAACAAACUCUCCUUCACAUCCAGUCAGGCGAUUCAAUAUGCUAAGGCUUCACAUUACGACAUUCGUAACUCCUUGUCUUUAGCGAAACAAACAUAUUCUAGGUCUUCUCUCUAUAUGAAUUACUUUACCUGUAAGUUUUCUAGACUAUGGAAUAAUUUACCCCAAACUAUCCGUAUGUUAGACUCUCUCCCAUUGUUUGUUCGGUCAAUUAAUGGUUUUUGCUCCUCUGAAAAUGCAUUAAAUGCUCUAGCGCCUGCAAGUGUAUCUUACUCCACAAGUGAGAUUAUAGGAACUUUAAAUGUUUAACCUCUUACUUGCUAUCAUUGUUUUGUUGUUCCGUGCUCUUUGCUUUAAUCUUACUUUCUCUAGUUGCAGAUAAUUAAUAAUAACUCGCUCUGGCACUGGUAAUAACCUUACAGAAUAAUGUUGGUCAAUCAUCAGGCUAUCCACUUAAUAAAAAAAUGACAAGUUCCCUGGUGUUGCAUUGACU